CAAUGUUUCAAGUCCUGCUUGCCUUAUGGAUAGUCCCUCUAAUCCACACAGUUCUUGCACAACGGGUCUGUCCCAGACCACCUGCAAUUCCAUUGGCUACUGUUGACAAAAACAAGCAAGAAUACAAUCUGGGAGAAGAGAUUCUAUACAGUUGCAAUUCUGGGUAUGUUCCUCAUACAGGCUCAAGGAGGUAUAUAUGCCCGUUAUCUGGUAAAUGGCCUAUUAUUACACUGAGAUGCAUACCAAAGAAAUGUCCUUACCCUGGACCUUUGAUAAAUGGAAACAUAGUUGGUGCAGACUUCCGCUAUCAGGGUGUUUUAAGCUUUUCAUGUGAACCUGGGUAUAGUCUUCAUGGAACUAAUACCAGCCAAUGCCUCGCAGAUGGACAGUGGAGUGGAAAGCUACCUGAGUGCCAACCUGUGAUUUGUCCUCCACCUCCCAUUUCUGAAUUUGGAGCCCUCUCUUACCAUAGACUUAAGCCUGGAAACAUAUCUGUUUUCCAAGAUGAAAUCAAGUUUGAAUGUUUGUUGCCUUUGGCAUUAAUUGGGAAUGAAACUGCUAGGUGUCUGGCCUCGCAGAACUGGAGUGAGAUACCAGAAUGCAGAAAAGUGAAAUGUCCAUAUCCAGCAGAAAUAGAAAAUGGAUUCAUAAACUUUGCUGUUCACAGAACUUAUCAGUAUAAAGAUAGAGUGACCUAUGGCUGCAAUCCUACUUAUGUGUUAAAUGGACCUGCAGAGUCUACAUGUGAAAAAACAGGAGACUGGUCAACAAAACCAAGUUGCAAAGCACCAUGUAAAAUACCAGUUAAUAGAGCUACAGUGUUAUACAAUCAACAGAGAGCAAAAGUGCAAGACCAUCUCAAAGGAGGGAUACAGCAUGCUGAGACCAUCUGGUUCUUCUGCAAAAAUAAAGACCAAUACUGUAGCUAUACUGUACCUGCUCAGUGCAUAGAUGGUAAUCUCACAGCCCCUGCCUGUUUUAAAGAACGUGGGUGGUUUUCAAGUCUGGUAAAGACAGAUGUCGCAGACAUGACACCAUGUGAGAACUGA